GGUUGAAAUUCCUGCUCCCCUCAUGUGUAAAGGGACAAAGUCUGCAGGAAAGUCUACGGGGCUGGCCGGGGCUUUGCUCUGCAGCAGUGCUGGCCUGCUGCCCUGCAUGUGCUGCGUGCAGCAGAGCCAGGGGCCAUGGCGGCAGAGAUGGUGCUGAGCCGCCGGCCCGGGCAGCCCCGCGGUGAAGUUCUGAGUGAGGCUGACCUGGAGGAGCUGGCACAGAGGAAGCCUCCCAGCAAGACUUCAACACGCGACUGUCUCCCGAAGGCAAGAUGCUCAGCCUCCACCGCCAAGUCCCUGCUCUUCCGCUUCUUACCUGUCCUGCGCUGGCUGCCCCGCUACCCUGUAAAGGACUGGCUGCUUGGGGACAUUGCCUCAGGCUUCAGUGUGGGCAUCAUGCACCUGCCCCAGGGGCUUGCCUAUGCACUGCUUGCUGGGCUGCCACCUGUCACCGGCCUCUACUCCUCCUUCUACCCCGUCUUCCUCUACUUCUUCUUCGGGACAUCCAGACACAACUCCGUGGGUCCCUUCGCUGUCAUAUCCGUCAUGAUUGGCAGCGUGACAGACUCCUUGGUGCCCAGUGAGGACUUUAUGGAGUUUGACAAUGGCACCAAUGGUACAGUAGUCAAUGAGGCACAGCGGGAUGCUGCCAGGGUAGAGCUGGUAGCCACCAUCACAGUCCUGUCAGGAAUCUUCCAGGUGGCCCUGGGCCUCCUGCAGUUUGGCUUUGUGGUGACCUACCUCUCAGACCCACUAGUGCGUGGCUACACUACUGCUGCCUCUGUGCACGUCCUCAUCUCCCAGCUCAAGAAUGUCUUUGGUGUCUCCCUAGGAGAGCACUCAGGGCCACUCUCAUUGUUUGUGACCCUCAUUGAGAUCUGCAAGAAGCUGCCGGAGACCAAUGUGGGCACCUUGGUUACAGCCAUCAUUGCCAUGGUGGCCAUCUUCAUUGUGAAGGAGCUCAACCACAAGUUCUCUGCCAAGCUCCCCAUGCCCAUCCCCAUCGAGCUCAUCACGAUCAUCAUCUCCACUGGCAUAUCCUAUGGUGUCAACCUGAACUCCAAGUAUGGCAUCUCUGUGGUGGGCAACAUCCCCAGUGGGUUGAAGCCGCCUGUGGUCCCUAACGUCAGCUACUUUGGGCAGGUGGUGGGCAAUGCCUUCGCCAUCGCUGUGGUGGGUUAUGCUAUCUGCAUCUCCCUGGGUAAGAUUUUUGCCCUGAAGCAUGGCUACAAAGUGGACAGCAACCAGGAGCUGAUUGCUCUGGGCCUCUCCAACUUCCUGGGGGGCUUCUUCCAGUGUUUCGCCAUCAGCUGUUCUAUGUCACGGAGCCUGGUGCAGGAGAGCACAGGGGGAAACAGCCAGGUGGCUGGUGUCAUCUCAUCCCUGGUGAUCCUGGUAACCAUCCUGAAAAUCGGAGAGCUCUUCUAUGACCUGCCCAAGGCCAUCUUGUCUGCCAUCAUCAUCAUCAAUCUCAAAGGCAUGUUCAAGCAGUUCACAGACCUCCGCACACUCUGGAAGUCCAACCGUGUGGACCUGAUGGUCUGGGUAGUGACGUUCAUAGCCACCCUCUUGCUGAACCUGGACAUUGGCCUGGGAGCCUCAGUGGCCUUUGCAUUGCUCACUGUCAUCUUCCGGACACAGCUCCCCCACUAUUCCAUCCUGGGGCGUGUCACCGAUACCGAUGUCUACAAGGAUGUGGCUGAAUACAAGAAGGCACAGGAGGUCCCUGGAAUAAAGAUCUUCCGCUCCUCCUCCACCAUCUAUUUUGCCAACGUGGAGAUGUACUCCGAUGCACUGAAGAAGAAGAGCGGCAUCGAUGUGGAUCGCCUAAUCGAGAAGAAGAAGAAGGCACUCAAGAAACUGAAGAAACAGCAAAAGAAAGCAGAGAAGGCAAAGAGAAAAAAGGACACAGAGGCUGAGUGCAAUGGGCCAGGCGUUGCGGUGAUUGAGCUGAGUGGAGAGGAGGGCAGCACACCUGCUGAACCCACCCUGCGCUCACUGGGACUGCCCCAGCCUGACUUCCAUGCUGUCAUCCUGGACUUCAGCCCCGUCAACUUUGUGGACACAGUCUCCAUCAAAAUCCUGAAGAACAUCUUCAGGGAUUUCCAUGAAAUAGAAGUGGAUGUCUUUGUUGCCAGCUGCCCAGCAUCUGUUCUUGCCCAGCUGGAGCGGGGCAACUUCUUCAGCUCGACCAUCACCAAGCAUUGCUUCUUCCCCUCGGUGAACGAUGCCGUGCUCCACAUCAAUGGGGGGACGCGCCCAGCCCCAGCGAACCUCAGCACCAAAAUGUAGCCCUGCAGAAGAGACAACGGAGGAGCAGGGCCAUGCUGCCGGGAGGGCUUCGCCGCCUCCCUGCCCGGGGCCUGGAGCCUCUGUGGGACAGCGUGGGGCGCUUGGAGCCGGCCUGCUCCAUGCUUGGGGCUGUCAGCACGGCUCCACCACAGCACGGGUUCCUCAAUAAAGGCGUCC